AUGCAAGUCAAAAACGUCGUCGCUAUUCUAGCCACAGUAACUGCUAUUCAAGCACAAGCUGGCAUUGAUACAAAUGCCACUACUCCAAACGCUACGCAGCCAAACGCUACGCAGCCAAACGCUACGCAACCAAAUGUCACUCAGCCAAAUACGACCCUUCCUACCGCUUCGGUCACUACAACCGUCUCGAUUGGCGAUGCCGUGGUCAACUCCAUGGCAGCUGGCGUUUUCGGAGCAGCAGUCGCUGCUGGUGUCGCCUUUUUAUUCUAA